CCCCGCGAUCGCCCGUGAUUGAGCCGAUGAUACUGGGGAUUUUUUCUAGGUAGACCCAUUAUCAAGACCAUUUCAACCUCACAGCGGGCGACCAUGAACACGGCACCGACAUCUCGACUGGGCCAAUUGCCUAGCUACGUACGGAUAUGGGUGCGACACGGCCACUUUGGCAAGAAGAAGAAGGGCCUGGGCUUCCCUCCACCUGAAGGUCAUGGCGAGGACAUCUGGGUAUUCGGACACAGAAGGACAGAUCAGAUUAUUUACAGCUUUAACAAGACGCUCGAUGGCUUCCACGAUCUCAAGCAGCUCCCAUUCAAUGGCAAGAAGACAAAGCCUCCCAAGCUCCGCAAAGACUACUGGUCACCCUUUGCCCACAUUGCUUUCCCCGCCGGUCAAGGCUCCAUCGGUCGUUCCGUCUUCCAAAAACUGCGCGAGUUGAAGCACCUGCACGAGGUGGCCUGGGAUAACGAAUUCCGAUACAAGCGCCCCGAGGAGUUUACCACCGCCGACCGCAAGCGAAUCGCAGAGGAGGAGGAGAAGGGCAACAAGAACUAUCGGCCCAUCCGCACAAAAGAAGAGCGUGGUAUCGCCCUCAACGCCCAAAAGCCAAAUUCGAUUGCCGAUAUAGCUACAGUCUUGAGCGGUGCUGGUCGUGGCAACAAGAUUGUUCUGUCUGAAGAUGCCGAGGACGCCGAGAAGAAACUCCUGGGUGUGACUGUGAGCUGGGCGAAUGAUCUGGAUAAGGAGUACGCCCAAGAAUGGACGAACAACGUCACACACGGACUGUUCGAGAAGCCAACCUAUGUCUCGAAGCCUUUAGAGUCAGUGGUCGAAGAGGCCCCUCAAGAGCAAGAAAAGGCCUAGACUAUCGGAAGAAGAAUUCGGGACUAAAAAGGAGAGCGGAUUAAAGAUCGCAUCUUCAAGGACGCCGAGGUAUCAUCUACAAAGUCAGCAUAGGUGUUUCCCCGUUCAAAUGUAUAAAAACAUGUAUUUUGAGCUUCAUCAAUACGGGACUACCGUUGGAGAACUGAUGUCAGCAAGCGGUUGAAAUCCGACAAGACAUUAUUCACGACAGAGUUGGCAAAAUAGAUGUAGAUGUUUGUAUAUAUUCAUCAAGUGGCA